AUGGUUACGGCGGAUAAUGAGCCCAACAUGUCUGUACAGACGAGAGGAAUUCUGAGCAAAGUACGGCAGAUGAUUCCGCCAAUGCUCGACAAAUUUCACAAAGGACAGCUCGGUAGAGUCGCAGUCAUCGGUGGAAGUCAGGACUACACAGGUGCCCCGUACUUUUCUGCCAUGGCAAGUGCACGGCUUGGGUGCGACAUGUCUCAUGUAAUUUGCACUCCAGAAGCAGCAGCCGUCAUCAAGACAUAUUCCCCAAACCUCAUGGUUCAUCCACUCAUGCGCCAGACACCCGCAGAUGAUGAGACUUCCAAACCAGACGCGGACAAAGUGUCGGCCAGCAUCAUCGAAAUGCUACCCCGUCUACAUGUCCUUGUCGUAGGACCAGGGCUGGGCCGUGACCCCCUGAUGCACGAUACAGUAUCCCGUGUCAUUCGGGCAGCUAAGGAGAGGAAAAUGCCGGUAGUCAUGGACGCUGAUGCCCUACAAAUCAUCCAGAAGGACCCGGGUCUCGUCAAGGGGUAUAGUGAGGUAGUUCUUACACCCAAUGUAGUGGAGUUUAAGAGAUUGUGGGAUUCUUUAGGUCUCAAGGACCCGGGUGCUGCCAAGGAAACGGAUAAAGUUGAAGCGUUGGCCAAGGCUCUGGAUGGAGUGACGAUUAUACAAAAGGGACAAAAGGACUUCAUAUCGAAUGGGACCGUCACGCUGGUGAAUGACCUCGAGGGAGGCAAGAAGCGUAGCGGGGGGCAGGGAGAUACGCUGACAGGGUCAGUGGCUACGUUCCUGGCAUGGAGAAAGGCGUAUCUGGACGGAAUAUGGGAUCGAGGAGAUGAGCUGGCCGAAGAUGAGUUACUGGGGUUGGCGGCGUUUGGGGGUAGUGCUAUCACGAGAGAGAGCUCACGUCUCGCUUUUCUGAAACAGGGCCGAAGUCUUCAGGCAAGCGAUCUUACUGACGAGGUUCACGGAGCGCUCAUGGGGUUGUUUGGCGAGGUGGAUGGAGAUGCUGGGCCAAAGCUGUAG